ACCCCGGAGCAUCCUCCAGACGGUCCCUGGACACCCCUCAGUACCUCCCGGGUUGCUCCGAGCAUUCCCGGGCUCGCCCUGAGCAUCCCCCGGCUCUUCCCUAACCCGCUCCAACCUUAUCUCCGGGAGAGAUGCUGAACGUUAUGGAUUUCUGCCCGGAUCCUCUUUACUCCAAGUACGAGGAGAGCGGCGAGAUGAAAGCCGGAGACCUGCAGGGCUUGGGGCAGGCUGAGCAGCAACUUCUGGCCGAGGCCGAUUUCCUGGCAGGAGAGCUGCUGGGCACCCCGAUGAGCGGCGGGGGGGUGGAUUACCCCCCCCCGGGCAGCCAACCCUCCCCUUCGCUCAGCUACACCGGCAGCUUCUUCAUCAAGGCGGUCCCGGAGCAUCCCCAGGACCAGGAAUCUCUCUUCAACCUGAUGUCGGGAAUCCUGGGCAUCUCCCCUUUCUCCUCGUCCGAGGGCCACCCGAGGCACCAGGAUGCUCUUUAUCAGUGUCCCGAGGUGGCUCAGAGCCAGCUGGACCUUUAUGCCACCUGCCAGCCAGAAAUGAACGGAUCCAGCCAAGCCCCUUUCCCGGAGCAGGGCUACGGCAGCUUCCCCACGGCGGAGGGUGCUCAGCCCCUCCAGGCACAGCCCACCUUAGGAAACACCUCGCACUGCUUCUUCCAGCCCAAGCUGGACACCAAGCAGGACAUCAAGCUGCCUUCUGGUUCCCCACCUCUGGAGAAGUUUAAAGCCUCCUGUGCCCAGUGGGAGCCCAUCACCCAGCAUCAGGCCUACUUGCCCGCUGGUUACCCUUCUCCCGAAGCUUUCCCAGCUGGUGAGAGCAACCAGGGGCUGUUCCACCCUCUGGGCUCCAAGAUGGAGAGUGUCUUGUCCAUCAGCUGCCAGUCAGAGCUCGGCAGCCUGGCAGAGGACGCUUCCUGCUUCGGCACCCAUCUGGGCUACGGCUGCGAGCCAGAAAACUUCCCGGCCCGCGGGGACUUCGCCGACACCAAGCUCCACAGCCUCCCGUUAAUGCCAGAUUUUGACACCUCCAUGGCCCAGCCUGAAGUCCUGCCAGCUCUGCUGAGCUCUGCUGAGCUCCUCCAUCCUCACCCUUCCCCCUCCGUCCCCCACACGGACUUCCUGAGCCACGCUGCCUCUUCCUCCAUCCCUUCCCUGCUGCCCACCAACCCUCCCGCCUUGGCCGAGCCCAAGAAGAAGACCCGGCGGACCAAGUGCUCUUCCAAAUGCUUCUGCCCAAAACCCCACGAGAAGGCUUUUGCCUGCCCGGUGGAGAACUGCAUCCGGAGCUUCGCCCGCUCGGACGAGCUCAACAGGCACCUCCGGAUCCACACGGGCCACAAACCCUUCCAGUGCCGCAUCUGCCUGAGGAACUUCAGCCGCAGCGACCACCUCACCACCCACAUCCGCACCCACACGGGGGAGAAGCCCUUCUCCUGCGACACCUGCGGCCGCCGCUUCGCCCGCUCCGACGAGAAGAAGCGUCACAGCAAGGUCCACCUGAAGCAGAAAGCCCGGACGGAGGAGAAGCUCAAGGGCUUGGGGUUCUUCUCCGUGGGUCUCUCCUUCGGGACAUUGUGAAAACCCACCUCCCCUCCCCAGACUGAGAGGCCUGGGAGACGGUGUUUCCUCUGGUUCCUCCCAGCAUCUCGUGGGAGAUGCCAGGGUGGGAAUGAGCCUCCUGGGGUGGUCCCUGGGGAAGGUGGCGGCAGAUCGGGCCGCGCCAGGGAGGAGGGGGACAGGCAGGAGGUGGAGGUGACGCUGUGGAGCUGGAACACCGGCUGUGGCUGAGGGAUGUGGGGAAUGUGGCAGCUCCAGCCACCGGGAGCCAUCUCCAAACUGCAGGGAACGAGCCAUUUUUAUAGCUCCUAUUCCAAGGAAGAGGUGCAUGUGUGUGUGUGUGUGUGUGCGUGUGCGUGUGUGUGUGCAAAUUAAAAACCCAUGUACAGAAAGAAAUCCCCACUGAGAUGGCUCUUUUAUGUACCCCAACCCACGGAGCUCCUGCCUUGGGAACGAGCAGACUGUGAUUCCCUGCCAGCACUUUAUUCCCAGCUCCCGAGCGGUUGUUUUUCCGACCAGCGCAGUCGGGGGCUGCGGAUGCACUGGUCCUUUCUCCUGAAGGAGUGAGAUGCCACCAGGAUCCAGCAACCAGUGCCUAACGGUCCCUUGGGAAAGGUGAUGGUGUUGUUCUUAUUCUUUUCCUGUUUGUAAACACAAGCAGAAAAAUCCAUCAGGAAUAUUUGGCAAAUUGUGUCUAUUUUUCUAAUUAAAGA